AUGUCAACCACCGGCCUGCAUGGCGACUUUCACAGUGAAGCUUCCAUGUUUACCUUGUCUAGUACAAUUGACUGUUCUCCAUCAACCACAGGCCUGCAUGGUGACAUUCACAGUGACGUCUCCAUGUUUAUCCUGCCUGGUAGAAUUGACUGUUCUCCAUCAACCACCAACUUGCAUGGCGACAUUCACUGUGACGUCUCCAUGUUUACCCUGCCUGGUACAACUGACUGUUCUCUAUCAACCACAGGCCUGCAUGGUGACAUUCACAGUGACGCCUCCAUGUUUACCCUGCCUAAUACAAUUCACUGUUCUCCAUCAACCACAGGCCUGCAUGGUGACAUUCACAGUGACGUCUCCAUGUUUAUCCUGCCUGGUACAACUGACUGUUCUCCAUCAACCACCAACUUGCAUGGCGACAUUUACAGUGACGUCUCCAUGUUUACCCUGUUUAAUACAAUUCACUGUUCUCCAUCAACCACCAACUUGCAUGGCGACAUUCACAGUGACGUUCUCAUAUUUACCCUGCCUGGUACAACUGACUGUUCUCCAUCAACCGCCAACUUGCAUGGCGACAUUCACAGUGACGUCUCCAUGUUUACCCUGCCUGGUACAACUGACUGUUCUCUAUCAACCACAGGCCUGCAUGGUGACAUUCACAGUGACGCCUCCAUGUUUACCCUGCCUAGUACAAUUGACUGUUCUCCAUCAACCACAGGCCUGCAUGGUGACAUUCACAGUGACGUCUCCAUGUUUAUCCUGCCUAGUACAACUGACUGUUCUCCAUCAACCACCAACUUGCAUGGCGACAUUCACAGUGACGCCUCCAUGUUUACCCUGCCUAAUACAAUUCACUGUUCUCCAUCAACCACCAACUUGCAUGGCGACAUUCACAGUGACGUUCUCAUAUUUACCCUGCCUGGUACAACUGACUGUUCUCCAUCAACCACCGGCCUGCAUGGUGACAUUCACAGUGAUGUCUCCAUGUUUAUCCUGCCUAGUACAACUGACUGUUCUCCAUCAACCACCAACUUGCAUGGCGACAUUUACAGUGACGCCUCCAUGUUUACCCUGCCUAAUACAAUUGACUGUUCUCCAUCAACCACCGGCCUGCAUGGUGACAUUCACAGUAACAUCUUCAUGUUUACACUGCCUAUUAUAAUUGUCUGUUCUCCAUCAACCACAGGCCUACAUGGCGACAUUUAUAGUGACGUCUCCAUGUUUACCCUGCCUAGUACAACUGACUCUUCACUAUCGACCAGCGGCCUGCAUGGCGACAUUCACAUUGACGUCUGCAUGCUUUCACCCUGCCAAGUGUAA